GCACAGACGGUGAAAGGAGAGCAAGACUUGUGUGAAGAAAACCGAAUCGAGUUCAUUUAUUCUCUUCUGUAUUCUGUCUGUAUUCUGCUUCUGCAAUUCUGCCCAAUGCUAGGCAUCAACAGCGAAUCUGCCGCCUAUUGCCUUGCGACCCUCCUAGUGCUCAUGCUGUACCAACUCACCACUGUCCGCGGCUGAAAACCGGUGCUUAGACAGGAGACACUCAUGCUGUCUGGACGUGUAUGGCUCCGGAAACAACCAGGAAACCCUCCAUUAUUACGCAGCAUCUCCUUGGACAAAGAUGUACCCAAUGUCACCCAUCCAGCCCACUUAAGACCGUCGCUGGUCAUCGUCCGAAGCCUGAGCAGGAAACGAAAUUUGUUUAUUUCCGGACAAAGAGACUCGUGGCACGGGAACUGGAGGUCGCCUCGCUGACAGUAGCAUUCUGCCUUGUUGUCAAGGCGCGGCUCGAGGGGGACUCGAAUGAUAGUUGCUGCAGCGAACGCAACCAGACAGCAACGGGUGUCAAACUCCAUCAUGCGAACUGAGGGGUCGAGACUCGGCGGACGGAGGACGGCACCGCUUUGACUUUGGGCAUCUUGACUCGACCCUUGAAGGCAAGAAAAGUGAAAGUCAUGAUGAAACCAAGAAAGGCAAAUAGAGGUUCGAAAGACCGAAUCAAUGAUGGGAUGAAAUGACCGUCGCUUGUCCUCUGCAUCCGAAAAUAGGCCGUCAUUUGAUUUCAACACCAACACGCGCCCGCAGCCCAUCCUCCAUGUGGACGAGGCUCACCAACGACUUCGAAAGAUUAUCUGCGCCUUUGUCUCCAAACUCUUUACAACAACAUGGACGUCUUCUGCCUACCCUGACAGUGAUUGCCUCUGGCGCCAUGAAUUCGCUGUCCCAUUUCCACGUCUUCUCCGCAACGAUUUCCUUGGGUCGGUUCGUAGAAUGGGUUGGCUCGCCGCUGGAUGCUGGACUAUCAUAGCAGGAUACGCGCUCUACAGAAUUUUUGUUAAACAGGAUGUCCAAGAAGUCUUAGAAAUACCCGCAAAGCCGCACCAUGAAUCCGCACUCGCACCCGUGGACAAAGAGAUAGAAGAGCCCCAGCCAGAGUCGGACAUCCCUGACGAAGAAAAGCCGGGCCCUCAACAAUCCCUCGAUAUGUCCCCUCUUCGCUUGGAAAUCUCUCAACCCGGAGACGAUGAACCACCUGGGAAGAUGGCGGACGAGACAAACCCCAAGAGUGAAAGGAUGCCCCCUCCUCCGCUACUGUCCAAGCCGGCCAGGCCAUCAAGCCCGCCGCCUCUGAAACCUCCAAACAUCGAUAAGAUACCUGCGCCACCUCGACCCGGCAAUGGAUUCAUUCGACCUCCUCCCUCCGCAGCGGCCUCCUUGCGCGUCCCUCCAAUCAAGCCUCUCCCGAAUGCUUCACUCGCACCGACUUCCUCCAUCAUGCCUCCUGGCAAGCAAGUUUCACGGAAAGUGAUCCUUGAACCAGGCCACUCUCCGCUCGACUGGGCAGCGCUCACGUCGAACCCGAACAGCCACCUCCGAGGCAAAGACGCGCCGGGAGAGCAUUUGAUCCGAGUUACGCCAGCCCAACUCAAGCGGCAGAACGGAAGAAAAGGAACAGAUGCCUGGACGGUUUACCAAGGCAAAGUGUACAACAUCACACCGUACAUCCCCUUCCACCCUGGCGGGGCGGGUGAGAUCAUGAGGGGCGCCGGGAAGGAUUCUGUCAAGUUGUUCAUGGAGGUCCAUCCUUGGGUGAAUUGGGACGCUAUGCUAAGCGAGUGUCUUGUCGGAAUACUCGUCGGCGAGGGCGAGGAAACAAGUGGGAACAGCGGGGGCCUGGAUGAUAUGGAUUGAUAAACAUGUCCCGAGUAUGUGAGAUUUUCGGAACCACCACGGACCUGUCCUACAAGCAUAGACUGGAGGAUUACUGAGGACAUGAAGUUCUUUGCGGCAACGGGCUAUGGCAUAGACCGGUUCAGCGAGGCGUCACACCUACACAAGAGAAGGUUUUGGGACUACUCCAGCAGAGUCAACCGAUCCACAGUUAUAGAUAUGGCAUUUUUUAUGAUACCCCAGCUGCGAUGGAUGUGAUCGAAGCAAUGAGCGAUGCCGAAGUUCUAUGUGUAUGUUCCUCGUCCAUCAACUUGAACCUCAUUUCCUUCUCCAAACGGCGUCA